AAACCCCUAAAAACACAGCGAAUUUCUCAUCGCUCUCUCCUUCUCUCUCUUUUACACUGUUCUUUCUCCUGAACUCCGCGGCGUAGAUCCGAGGAGUUUCGGAACACUUCGCAGCAUAAACCAAGCCUUGAAUCGCUUUCUUACUCACUCCUUUUUUUUCUCAGAUCUUUGUUAGAACCGAGUUGUAUCAGUCAUGGCUGGAUUGGCACCUGAAGGUUCUCAAUACGAUGCUCGCCAAUAUGAUGCGAAAAUGGAUGAGCUGCUUGGAACUGAUGGUCAGGAAUUCUUCACAAGUUAUGAUGAGGUCUAUGACAGUUUUGAUGCCAUGGGCUUGCAGGAAAAUCUUCUUAGGGGCAUCUAUGCCUAUGGUUUUGAGAAGCCCUCUGCAAUUCAGCAAAGAGGGAUUGUUCCCUUCUGCAAGGGACUUGAUGUGAUUCAACAGGCUCAAUCUGGGACUGGGAAAACUGCAACGUUCUGCUCUGGGAUUCUGCAGCAGCUGGACUAUAAUAUAGUUGAAUGCCAGGCUUUGGUACUGGCACCCACCCGUGAGCUAGCACAGCAAAUUGAGAAGGUUAUGCGAGCAUUAGGUGAUUAUCUUGGUGUUAAGGUGCAUGCUUGUGUCGGAGGUACCAGCGUUCGUGAAGAUCAGCGUAUUCUUUCCAGUGGGGUUCAUGUUGUGGUUGGUACCCCAGGACGUGUGUUUGACAUGUUGAGAAGGCAAUCACUGCGCCCUGAUUACAUUAAAAUGUUUGUAUUGGAUGAAGCAGAUGAAAUGCUUUCCAGAGGGUUCAAGGAUCAGAUCUAUGACAUCUUCCAAUUGCUCCCUCCUAAGAUUCAAGUUGGUGUAUUCUCUGCUACUAUGCCACCUGAGGCUCUUGAAAUUACAAGGAAAUUUAUGAAUAAGCCCGUCCGCAUUCUUGUGAAACGUGAUGAGCUGACCCUUGAGGGUAUCAAGCAGUUUUAUGUUAAUGUUGAAAAAGAGGAAUGGAAGCUUGAGACCCUCUGUGAUCUCUACGAGACCUUGGCCAUCACUCAGAGUGUCAUCUUUGUUAACACCAGGAGAAAGGUUGACUGGCUUACUGAUAAAAUGCGCAGCCGUGAUCAUACUGUCUCUGCCACCCAUGGUGAUAUGGACCAGAAUACAAGAGAUAUCAUUAUGCGAGAAUUCAGAUCUGGUUCUUCCCGUGUUCUCAUUACCACUGAUCUCUUGGCCCGUGGUAUUGAUGUUCAGCAAGUGUCUCUUGUUAUCAACUAUGAUCUGCCGACUCAGCCUGAGAACUAUCUGCAUCGUAUUGGACGAAGUGGACGAUUUGGGAGGAAGGGUGUUGCCAUAAACUUUGUUACCAAAGAUGAUGAUCGCAUGCUUUUUGACAUACAAAAGUUCUAUAAUGUUGUAAUUGAGGAGCUUCCAGCCAAUGUUGCUGAUCUCCUCUAAAGUGGUUUUGAUUCCCCAAUGUUAACGCUCCUUGUUUUAAGUAACUUAUUGUCUUGUUUCCUAGGUUAGUUUAACGUGCAAUGGACUUUUAAAUUGGGAGAUUUAGAUGCCGUUAUUUGCAGAGGGGACUUCCAUCUCCCAAUUUGGUUGCUAUUCCAAUCUACUGUUGCAAAAUUUUUGGUUUGCUCUUUGUAUUGUAAUUGUUGAAAAUAACUGCAGAUUUGGAUGUUGUUGGACUCUUUUCACUCUUAAAGUUGGAUUUUCACUUAA